CACAACAACACUUACCCUCCCAACCCGCCCUCCAUGUCUCCCUCUCUGGUCGAACAGCUAUCGCAUUACGUCCUCGACGGCCUCUGGCAACUCGGCAACUGCUUCUCCUGCUUCCCCUCCACACCCUCCCUCAAAAUCAAUGGCCGCUCAUUCAAGAUCCUGCGCCUCCUCGGCGAAGGCGGUUUCAGCUACGUCUACCUCGUACAAUCACCCGGCGACCCAACCCUCUACGCCCUCAAAAAAAUCCGAUGUCCCUUUGGCGAAGAAUCCGUCUCGCUGGCAUUGAAAGAAGUCGAAGCGUAUAGCUUAUUCACGCCGCAUCCGAAUAUUAUCCAUGCGAUUGAUCAUGCGGUGGAAACGGAUCGUGGAGGAGAUGCGGGGAGUAAGACGGUUUAUAUUUUGUUGCCGUAUUAUCGGAGAGGGAAUUUACAGGAUGCGAUUAAUGCGAAUUUGGUUAAUCGCGCGAAGUUUCCCGAGAGGAGGUUGAUGAUACUGUUUUUGGGGGUUUGUAGGGCGUUGAAGGCUAUGCAUCAGUAUCGCGUUGGAGGAGCGCCGGGUGGGAAGGCGAGUCGGAGGAAAGCGAAGGCUGUGAGGCAGGAGGGUGCGUUGGCGGAUCGUGAGGCGGCGGAGGAGGUUCAGAGGGCGAAUCAGAGUCGGAGGAGGAGUCAGAGGGAUGAGAAUGAUGAAGAUGAUGAGGAGGAUGGACAACAGGAGCCGUUGAUGGAGGGAGAGGUUAUGGCGGCGCAGGAAGGAGUUGCUGAGGGGGAGAUUCGAAGCUACGCGCAUCGAGAUAUUAAGCCGGGGAAUAUCAUGAUUGCGGAUACGGGGACGCAGCCGAUUCUGAUGGAUUUGGGGUCGCUUGCCCCUUCACCGACGCCUAUCACGAGCAGGGCGAUGGCUUUGCAGGUUCAGGAUCAGGCUGCGGAGCACAGCACGAUGCCAUAUCGAGCGCCGGAACUGUUCGAUGUGAAGACCGAUACGGUGAUUGAUACGAAAGUGGACAUCUGGAGUAUGGGCUGCACGCUCUAUGCUUGUCUGGUCGGCAAAUCACCCUUUGAAGCAAGAAGUGAAGAGACGGGUGGCUCGCUAUCACUCUGUGUCCUGGGCGGCGAUUGGAGAUUUCCAGACGAAGGCGUGGCCGAAGCCAAGCGUGGCAAGCAACGAGUAUCGGACGUCGAAGAUGCGAAGAAGAAGCGAGCAGAUGUCAUUUCUGACCCCGUCAAGGACGUCGUUCGACGAUGUCUUGCUGUCGAGCCAGCCGAUCGACCAGAUGUCGACGAGCUCAUCGCCAUGGUCGAAGGAGUUAUCUCCGCGCUGCCAGACGACGGAGACGCGGCGUUGGACAUUGAAUAGAGAGAAACAGUGUGACAAUAUCACGACAGUCAUGAAUUUCUGUGUAGAUUAUUAGCUACUCUUUACCGCCUCUUUCAC